UCCACAGACGGCGCGUGCAGCGCACGCCUUCAGAGUGCCGGUAAGCAAGCUCACAUUCGACACCGCCAAUGCACGAAAGCGAACCUGUUCAACGGUUACCCACCUACACGGCCAAACCCCCAAAAACGACAACGUGGAAACACAAAACGCAGACACCAUCCGCGAUAUUUCUCCCCCUCUCUUUUUGCCAUUCAUUCCCCCACAAUUUUCCAUCAUCAUCUUCUUCUUCUUCUUCCUCUUCAUGUUCCUCUGCAGCUCUGAAACCCUAAACCCCCUUCUGGAUUUUUGGUAGUAGAAUUAAAAUUAAGUUCUAAUAAAUACUAUUUGUUACUGUUUGGUUGCUGUGAAUAAAUAUGGAUUUACACAGAGGUGUGUGGGUGGUGGUGGGAGUGCUGGUGGUUAGUCUGAGUCUGAGCUCAGCUGGGGACAUUGUCCACCACGAUAAUAUUGCUCCCAAGAGGCCUGGAUGCGACAACAACUUCGUUCUGGUAAAGGUCCCAACUUGGAUCAACGGCCUAGAAGACGCUGAGUAUGUUGGUGUUGGUGCUCGAUUUGGACCUACCUUGGAAUCGAAGGAAAAACAUGCCACCAACACUAGAGUGGUUCUUGCAGACCCCCCUGAUUGUUGUAGCCUACCCAAGAAGAAGCUCACUAAAGAGGUCAUUUUGGUGCACCGAGGAAAUUGCAGUUUCACAACCAAGGCAAAUAUGGCUGAAGCUGCUAAUGCUUCAGCCAUCCUCAUUAUAAACAACCGCACAGAACUUUUCAAGAUGGUUUGUGAAAAUGAUGAACCUGAUGUCGAGAUAGGCAUACCAGCUGUUAUGCUCCCCCAAGAUGUUGGUGCAAUCUUCGAAACUGAUUUAAAGAACGGCUCCAUGGUUUCUGUGCAGCUGUACUCUCCUUUGCGUCCACUGGUUGAUAUUGCAGAAGUUUUUUUGUGGCUUAUGGCUGUUGGUACCAUCUUGUUUGCUUCUUAUUGGUCUGUGUGGAGUGCAAGAGAAGCAGCUAUUGAGCAUGAGAAGCUAUUGAAGGAUGCUUCCGAUGAUUUACCUAUCGAAGUUGAUCGUUCCAAUGCUUUAGUGGAGAUUAGCACCACAGCAGCAAUCCUCUUUGUCGUGAUUGCUUCAUGCUUCUUGUUUAUGUUUUACAAACUCAUGUCAUUCUGGUUUGUGGAGAUUCUGGUGGUUUUGUUUUGCAUUGGUGGGAUAGAGGGCCUGCAGACUUGCUUGGUGACUUUGCUAUCAUGUUUCAGACGGUUUAAACGUGCUGGAGAAUCAUAUGUUAGGCUGCCAAUCUUUGGAGCUGUUUCAUAUCUGACGCUAGCUGUUGCUCCCUUCUGCAUAGCAUUUGCUGUUUUGUGGGCAGUGUAUCGCCGCAUUUCAUUUGCUUGGAUCGGUCAAGAUAUCCUUGGUAUUGCACUGAUAAUCACAGUUCUUCAGCUUGUUCGCAUACCGAAUCUCAAGGUUGGAACAGUUCUUCUGAGUUGUGCGUUUUUAUACGACAUCUUUUGGGUAUUUGUUUCUAAAUGGUGGUUCCAUGAGAGCGUAAUGAUAGUGGUGGCUCGUGGUGAUAAAAGUGGAGAGGACGGUAUACCAAUGCUACUGAAAAUCCCACGGAUGUUUGAUCCCUGGGGCGGCUACAGCAUCAUCGGAUUUGGUGAUAUUAUCUUACCAGGAUUGGUUGUAGCCUUUUCACUAAGGUACGAUUGGUUAGCAAAUAAGAAGCUCCGAGCUGGUUACUUUUUGUGGGCAAUGACCGCAUAUGGUUUAGGUCUCCUUAUCACGUAUGUGGCUUUAAACUUGAUGGACGGCCAUGGCCAACCAGCUUUGUUGUAUAUAGUUCCGUUCACACUUGGUACCUUUUUGACUUUGGGACACAUGAGAGGGGAUCUCAAAGUUCUGUGGACAAGAGGAGAACCGGAGAGGCCAUGCCCGCACGUCCAUCUGCAACCCUCCUCUCAAUAAACGAAACUAGGAAACAAAGGAGUAGUGUGGCAGAUUAGAAGAGUAGUAACUCAGAAAACCUCUGUACUUGUGAUAGUUGUAGAGGAUAGCAAAUAUCUACGAAGGUUGUAACUGAUAUAACAUAGAGACAUUUAUAACAUCCGGACUCAUUGUUCUUAUAA